CUUCCUUAUGCUGCUGAACAGUCGACACAAGUCAUAGCCUUACCAGAUUCUCAAAAAGAUGGCUAUUCCCCAGUGUUUCGAAACAAGAUCUCUGAAAAGAGCCUAUUUUCUAAUUUCCAUCCAAAGAUUCAAACUGCUUAUGAUAUCUUUAAUUACUCCCUUGAGCAGUACAGAGAUAAUGAUUGUUUGGCGUAUAGAAAACAAUCUUUGGAUGAGGAGACCAACCAACUUGAAUUCGACGAGUAUUAUACAUAUCUCAAGACUUAUGAAGUCGAUAAGUUGAGAUCUCAAAUCGGUUCUGGGAUCUUGUACUUAAUCAACAAUACCAACGAUAACAGUGAUUUGGCUCGUAUCGAUGUUAAUAAUUUUAUUGUCACUUUAUUUUUUCCUUCGUGUUAUCAGUGGGUUCUUGUUGAUUUAGCCUGUCAAGCUUAUUCAAUUGUUAAUACUGCUUUAUAUAGCACAUUGGGUUCCGAAUCGUCUGCUUAUAUUUUGGAUGUUACCAAAUCUCCUAUUAUAUUUCUUGAAAAGAGCAAAAUUAAAAAAAUAUUGGAGUUGAAAAAUGAGAAGAGUAUAAAUUCAUUGAAAAUUUUAAUAUCGAUAGAUGAUUUGAAUAUGGAUUUAGAUUAUGAUUUAUUCAAUGAGUGUUAUAAUUCAGGGGUUUUGUUAUAUGAUUUUAAAACGUUGAUCAAAAUCGGGAAAGAGAAUUUAUUGUCGCAUAUUCCUCCCAAUAGAAAUUCAACAUACACCAUUUCUUUCACCUCUGGUACUACAGGAGUGCCCAAGGGGGUUGUGUUAACUCAUGUUAAUGCUAUAGCAGCUUUUACUUCUAAUAGAUGCGUAAUUCAUAAUCCUGAGUCGAAUUAUAAGAAAUUAAAAUAUAUCAAUAUAUUGCCAUUGGCUCAUAUUUUAUCAAGAAAUCAUAUUACAUUUGAGUUUUCAAUGGGGUCAACAAUUUAUUUCCCACACAAUCCCAAUAAUCCCAAGACAUUUUUUGAAGAUAUUAAGAUUGUUAAGCCAUCACAUAUUAUAUUUGUACCAAGAAUCUGUACUAGGUUAGAGAUGGGAUUGAAGUCAAAAUUGACAUCAUCAAAGUUGUUAAAUGGGUUGGUGAAUUAUAAGAUGAAUAAAUUAAGAGAGGAAGAGUAUGAUUCGACGAAGAUUUCGCAUUUUUUUUAUGAUAAUCUUUUAUUCAACAAAAUCAAAAAGCAGUUUGGUUUUGAUAAUUUGAAAAUGAUGAUUGUGGGAGGAGCACCAACUCCUAAACAGACAUUGGAAUAUUUAUCAGCAGUUUUUGGAUGCGGAUUUAUUCAGGGAUAUGGAAUGACGGAAUCCCAUUCAGCUAUUUGCCAAACAGUUUUCAAUUAUGGUAAGACGUUUGGUACAAAUGGGGUUAUUGGGCCAAGUUGCGAAAUACGACUUCGGGAUGUUGUGGAGUUGGAUUACAGCUGGGAGAAGAACCGAUCUGGGGAGAUUUUGGUUAGAGGACCAUUGAUAUUUAAAGGGUAUUUUGGAAAAGAGGAAAACUUUGGAUUUGACGAUGAAGGAUGGUUUGGAACCGGAGAUAUUGGGACGUUGGAUGAGAAUUCGAAUGUUUUAAUUGUCGAUAGGAUAAAGAGUUUUUUCAAGUUAUCGCAGGGGGAAUAUAUUGCGAUUGAAAAAGUUGAAGCUGUUUAUAUCAAUAAUAAUACAAUCAUCAACCAGUUGUGUAUAUAUGGGGAUUCGAAUGAGAGUUAUUUGGUUGGAUUGAUAGGAUUGGAUGCAGACUAUUUAUCAAAGAUUUUGAAUGUGUCAGAUAAGGCUUUGGAGAGCUUAUCAAAGGAGAGUGUGAUUGGUAAAUUGAAUAAAGUUGAUAUAAGGACCAAAAUAUUGAAGCAAAUAGAGGGAAAUGUCAAAGGAAUGGGACUUCAAGGCUUUGAAAAGAUUAAAAACAUUUAUUUGGAUGUUGAGCCUUUCUCAGUCGACAAUAAAAUGUUGACUCCAACAUUGAAAAUCAAAAGGCAUGAAGUUCAAAAAGCGUUUAAAGAAAAGAUUGGUGAACUUUAUAAAGAGGGAAAACUUGCCAUCGACAGUAAAUUAUGA